UCUUGGUUGACAUUCAGGAGGCGGAGGAAGACGAGGGCGAAUCUUCAGGUAUGGAGUCACCUGAGCAUUUGCUGAAGGCAUUUUUGAUGAUGCGCCAUCUGUGUGCCCGAAAUCUGCGGCGCGAACUUUUAGGCCUGCUGAAUCUCUUCCGCUUCGCUCAGCAGAAGAUCUCCCAUGGCGUGCUCCUGCUGCAAGCGUCGGCCACCAAUGGCACCAGGUCAAACAAGAAGGACAUUUUCGGCGAGAAGCCCGAGCCAGCACAGGAACAGCCCUUGCUGCCGGGCCAUUUGCCGCCCUCCUUUCCGCUCGCCUUUCCGGUCAGUUGCCGAGGUAUGAAUGGGCCGCGCCUAUACGAGGCUUUGGAAGUCCUGUCGGAGGCGGAGUACGCCCAAACAGGUGCCAAUGAUCACGAGGACGUGGUGGAUGGCAAUGGCCUGAAGAUCGUGCACAGUUCGGCCAUCUCCGAUUUGAAGGUCGUGGAGCAGGAGCUGCUGAUCAUAGCAAGUUAUGCUUUGGACAAAGUGCCAGAGGACAUGAAAUCGAUGGUUGACUGUGCUGGUCUCUUGAAGGAGGUUCUUACAUGCGAGGUGGAGCUGUGUCGUACCAAGUGGAAACUGGUGAAAUUGCAGCUCUCAGCUUUCGAACGCGCCUCAUUGACCAAGUGGGACAUCGCGCAACGGAUCAUGGAUGUCUUGGCCCGGCGGCCGUGCUUCGACGUGGCCACAGGCAGCUUCCGGCAAGGCUAUGCCGCGCUGAUUGCGGCGAUGGAGAGCAGAGCUCAACUGCAACAGACCUUGACAGAGUACCAGCUUCGAUCGGAGGAGAUGGGCUUACGGAAGUUGAGACGUCAAGCGCAAGUGGCCCUGCGCUGUGGGCGGCGCCUGGAGCUGGAUCUGGGGCAUCAGCGGGAGAGAGCCAGCCGGGAAGCCGGCAAGCAACCCACGGAGCUCGCAGGCCCUGAGAUGGAGGAAGACCCACAGCUGUGCAUUGAAGACAUGUUGGCCAAUCCCAUGGAGGGCCUUCCAGUGGCGUUGACUCAUGAUGGUUUGCUGGACUUUUCCGAUUCCUUGGCCUUGGUUUGCCAGGUGGACGCCCAGGUCAGCAGCUGCGCGGAGCGUCUGGCGGAGCUGGCGCCGGAGCCCUGCUUCCGGCACCGCUGGGAAGAAGCUUGCUGCAAGCUGAUGGCCAAAGAGUGGCAGGACCACGUGGCUCAAGCAGCGGCCGCUUCUCCAGGCAUCUCCUCCAGCAUCGGCAUCCGCGGGCUCAGCGACGAGGCUCGAGGAUCCAACGUCUUUUGGGGCGACCAGGCGGAGGAUCCCAACUGGCUACUGCUGCAAGCCGAACAGGUGAUUCUCAAGUGGCAAUCGGAGGAUUCGGAAGGAGCCCCGGGGCCCUGCAGAUUGAAAGAUCCGGAGUUGGCGUGGGCGCCCUUCAACGAAGCAGUUCUGAGGUUGAGCUGUCGCCUGUUGGACCAGGUCUCAUGGUUGAGGUUGCAUUUGAUGGACUUGAUUGCCAGAAAUUUCCAGAAAGUGGAAGAUCUGCAGCAGUGCAUGGUGCGGUCCGGUCCCAGACUGUUCAGGUGUUCCGCCUUGGAGCAGCUAAAAGACCCAUACAUCGUGAUCACUCCGCAGUUCCACAGUCCUCAAGGAAAAAAAGCCGCCAUGGACUGGGCCAUUUCCUUGGCAUCGCCCAGUGCCCUGCCCUCCUUUGCGCCCCGGCCUUCGGCGCCGCGCCUAGCCGCGCCUGUGGCGCCCGUUUCGGCGCGACGGCGCAGCGCUUGCUGCGCGGGCGGGCUGCUGGUGGCCGCGGCAUGCCGGCGAGAACGCCGAGACCGGGUGGCGAGGAGAGCAGAUGUGAAAAUCACCGAUGCCACCGGUGAGAAGAGGGUGGAGGACUUCUGCAAGAAGGGCGCCAGAGUGGAGGUGUUGGCCCCAUCCAACCGCUGGCGCGAAGCGCAAGUGGUGCGCGUGGGUGGCGGUGUGGCACGGAUCCACUACACGGGCUACGACGCGCAGUUUGACGAGGAGGUACCCCUGGACAACCAGCGGCUGCGACCUUUUGGGCAGAUCCGUAGUGAGAAAUUGAAAGAACGGAAGGAGAAUUUCGUGUUGCAAAUGGAUGCUGGUUGUUGCCCUGGCUGUGGUGUGAAGCUACAGUGUACCGACAAGAUGGCUCUGGGCUAUGUGCCGCCCGACAAGUUCGUGAAGCAGGAGCAGGAAGACCUCUCCAUGCCGCUGAACGCGGAAGAUGAAGUGGCGCUACUGCUGAAAGAGGAUGGGGCGCAGGAACGUGACAGCUUUUCAUUGCCCACCAGGUCGGAUCAGAAGUUCUUCAAGGUGAUCGCCAACGUCUACCUGGACAUCCGCAAGGCUCCAGACGUGAACGCUGAACGCACCGGGGAGAGCUUGGUCUUUGGCCAGCAAUUUCAAAUCGAUGAAGUCUAUCGAAGUGCAGAUUCCAGGAACUACUUUCGGCUCGCGGAUGGCCGUGGUUGGGUCUUCGAUCGUAGCGUAGUGAAGGGUGCCAUGACCCAAUUGGUAGCCCCUGUGGGUGAUGAUCUCGGGCAGUUGAAGAGGGCGGGGAAGGAAGCACGGCCGAGUGUGUGCAUGCGCUGCUGGGGCCUGUGGCACUACAACGACUGCGACGACGUCUUGCGCCCCGCCUACGGCGGCGCCGGGGCCGGGGCGUCGGCUGGCAGCUCGGCGCAGGAGCUGACGGCCGAGGCGUUCGAAACGCUGCUGAGUGACACCUUGCGACCGGCGCAGGAGGCGACCAUUUUUGCCGUGGUGGACGUCUUUGAUUUCGGGCCAUCCUUCAAACUCUUGCAAUACCUAGCGCAGGAGCUGGUGAAGAAGCCCAAGAUUCGGGUCCGCAUCAUCGCCAACAAGAUCGACUUGCUGCCGAAAGAUGCCAGCAUGCCUCGGGUGAAGGGCUGGAUUGCCAGAGAAGCACAGCUGGCAGGGUUGGACAAGAUCAAAAUCAUGGAUGUCUUUCCCAUCUCCUGUCACCAGGGCAAGGGCUUGAAACCGGUCUCUGACUUGUUGGAAACCAAAGGUAUUCCUGAGGACCACUACGUGGUUGGAGCCGCCAACGCUGGAAAGUCCUCCUUUUUGAACCGCCUGACUCUGCGAAAACGACGUGGUGUUGGGCGGGUCUUGUCCGAGGACCAAUCGGGCUUCGUGGUCUCCGUUUUGCCGGGAACCACCUUGAGACCCAUCGCCAUGAAGUUUCAGCAAACCAACAUCAAACUGAUUGAUAUGCCGGGGUUGCUGGUCCCUGGCAGCAUUGCCGAAAAACUCACCUUGGAAGACCUCAAGGAGAUCAUUCCGCAGAAGCGAGGCUCGGUUCGCCUCACUUUCCACAUGGAUGAGGGAAGAAGCCUCCUUCUGGGUGCGCUCGCGCGCUUGGACUUUGUGUCGGGCAGGCCGUACCAGUUCACCGUCUUCGUCUCCGAAAACGUGAAGCUGCACCGCACGCGCAUCGAAAAGGCUUCACGCAUCUGUCAAGAGUGGGCCGGUGACAAGCUGAAGCCGCCUGUGGACGCCCGACGCUACCAGGAGUUGCUGCCCUGGAAAUCCACUCGUUUCGAGCUGACAGGCACCGGCUGGGACGAGUCCUGCGUCGACAUCGUCUUCCCCGGGUUGGGCUGGGUGGCCAUCACUGGCUGCGGGGACUGCGUUGUCGAGGCGCACGCGCCCGAAGGAGUGGAGGUCACUCAGCGGGAGCCGCUGAUGCCGUACGAGGCGAAAUGGACUGGGGUGAAGUAUCGCGGCUUCCCCGGCUGGUACAAAAUCAAGGGCCGAUCUACACGUGGAUUCGAAUCUGGAAAGAAACGAUACAACAUCAAGGGUCGCUUUUGAAACGCAUGGUCCUUGUCUCAGACAGCUGUAUGUGGACGAUGGCCGAGAGGAAAAACUGUGCGCUUUGAAUCCUGACACCGGAGAUUGUGAUCAAGAAAAAAGCACCAAUACAAACAUUGUGCGGUGAAAGUUGUAGAGGG